UAGGUUUGUCGGUGAGUGGGGGAAAAACUGAAAGUCUUCAGAGGACAGACAAAUUAAAAUAUGAUUUUGAAAGAACUGUAAGUUAUCAGUUCAGCUGAUAAUCUUGCGUUAAAGUGAACUUAGAACGUCUGCCACAUUAGUCAGCCCCCACUCCCCUCUGCCCCCUACCAACGCCCCGUGUGUACUUGAUUGCAGGGUGGUGAGAUUUUAAUGUGGCUAGAAUCUGGAGAUGUUCAGAACAAAAUCCUGUGUCUAAACAUGUGGUGCUUAGCGGAAGUCGUAAGUACGGCUGGUUUAGAUUGAUUGGCAAAAGCUUUAGGUUUUGCUUUGCUGCUGUUUUAACUAGGGCUUCAAAAAUAUGCAAUGACCUGCGCUUUGAACUGUCACAAAAUUAUACAUGUAAACAUACAUUUUUGCAAUGUGGUUGUUGCCAGUCUGGUUAAGACAAAAGUUGUAGCAGUAUUAGUUGAUAAUUGUAUAAAUGCCCUGCCUGCAUUCUUGUAUUAUACUCUAGUUGUUUGCACAGCUCAAUUAUUUAGAUAUAAUUUGAGUGGGCAAGUUCUGUCUUGUCACACCUGACGCUCAGGAAGCAAGGGCUAGUUUGCAGAGGGAUUCUUCAGCAGCCGAAAUAUGAUGAUGAAAUAUGGGACUUUAUCUGUCAAUAGAGGCAAAGAUUUGCAUACACACUCAUAGUUUAAUAUUCUGGUAAUGUAAGCAUGGAAUCCCUUGAAAAAUACAAGGCAACACAGUAUUUAACUAGCAACUGCAAAAAUGUUGAAGUACGUACUGUUGUUGCAGUAUUUGCCUCGUAACUGAUAAAUCUGAAACUUGAGGAGCAACUGGGAAAAAUUAAUUUUUAAUGUAUGCAUAGAGUUCUGCCCCUUAAUGUGUUUUGUUUUUCUCUGCCAGAAAUCAGGAUCACAUGUUAAGUAACAGCUGUAAGGAUAAAGCGGACUGCGUGGUGAAAUUUGGAGGUACAUGAGAUUAUUCCUGUUUUGGAAUUUUAGAAGUUCGAACUAUUCUAAUUUGUCCAUAGAUUUAUUUAUUUUUAAAAAUUCUUCAAGUAUUUUAUAUGCACUCAAUCUUUCCCAGAUUGUUUUAGGCCCUUUCCCGUAGGGGAACUCUUACUUGGCUGUAAUCCCUAAGGAAUCUAGUGACUCUUUCUUUAAAGCCUUUUAUUAAGCACUAGUUUCGAAUUCCAUGUUUGGUAGUUUGGGUUUUUUUGAUGUACACAGGCAAUCUGCCUACUGUUAAUAGGACUUGGUAUCUGAGAGCUGCUAUCUCAUGGACAUGUUUCAUCUUUCCAGAAUUCAAAAGCUUGCAUGGAAUAUCUGGGAUAAGCAUCUGUAGUCAAAAAUGAUACAUGUAUAUUAAAUAAAAGCAGAGCAAGGUCUUAUUUCUGUCCUGUAGCGUGGCUCAACUCGCCACUCUGGAACUCCCCUCUCCUACUACGACCAGAGUAGCUGCAUCCAGGCUGGUUUUUGGAAGCAGCCCAUGAUGCCCACAGCAAUGCCAAGCAGCAUUUGGGAGAGGUUAAUCUGCAUUGGUAAAAAUCCAGCCAAGGAGUGUGCUAGUUGUGGAACGCUAUGGGAUUAUCACUGUUCUCUCCCUGUUUUAGUUACUUGCACGAUAUAGCCAGGUAAAGAAAUCUGGCAAUAUGAAGCCUGUCAACACUUAAGGGUGCCAUACAUAAAAGUUGAAUUCUCAAGAUGGUUUAUGAAGUUUGUGUGAACUACUUUUAUUAAAAGAGCAUUUAAUUUGUAUUAAAGUAUCCUUAAGAAGAAUAUCAGUGUUUCAUCAUCACCGCGCUAGUAUUGAGUUUUCAGUUUAAGUGCAUAUAGCAGAAUUUUAACCUUACCUUGUUUAUGAACAUCAUAGGAGUCUGUAUUUUCAGUUUCUUACUGAAUAGUUGACUUACUGAAUAGGUGAAGUCUUCUACUGUUUGUGAAAGAGAAUUGGGGAAAAAAAAGCCUGGUUAAAUAUUGCUGAGGGAAUGACUGAGUUAUGAGGCAUAAAGCUACUUCAGUGGCAUUGAGUGUGAUACUGCAAUGGGAAGAGAUUUGGCUAUUUCCUGCGUGCAGGUACUGAGUGUGAAGGCAGUUGAAAUUCAGCUGGGAUGGUUUACUUGCUCUGUCAGCUUUGAUCCCUUUUGGAAAGAGUAGCUUUAAGAUAUAACUUCUUUUCCAUAGCGGUUGUUUUCCAAAAUGCUUGGAAAAUAGAAGUAGAAAAAUAGUUAUUGUUUUGCCUCGCUUUUGUCUCCCCUUCCACUCUUAAACAGUCUUACGGAAAUUUAAGAAAGAAAUGAAAAGCAGCAGUUCUGGAUAAAAAAGGGCAGAAUGUUGCUGUUCAGUCCUCCCAAAUAUUGCAGGCUAAUUGGGAUUCCAAAUGUACUUCUCUUCCAGUCAAAUCUCCUUUGCAUUUAGAUGUACCUUGACUGUAGAUCUGCUUUGUCUGGGAAGUCUGGCCAUGUUUUUUAACUAACUUAAAUAAAACAUCUUUGAUUACUGUAGGAUGUCUUGUUUCCUUGUGCCUUUGCAUAAGAGUUGCUCGAGUCCCUUAGAACGGGAAGACUGAAAAUUUACAUCUUAGAUCAGUAAGAUCAAAUUAGUAAAAAUCAAUAGUGACCCUGGAAAGUUAAAGCAUGCUAAUUCCUAGUGUGACCACUUUUUUGCUCUGCUCUACAUGCUUGUGUUAGGUGGGGGCAGGACUGCUGUGCCAGUGUGCUAUUCGGCCUCCUCCAUUGCCGUCCGGUUGUUGCUGGUGCGCACACCUGGAUGGAGAAGCCUUCUGGGGCUUUGAAUUCCAGAGUUAAUGUGCUUCUGUGGAACAAAUUAGCAUCAGAAGUAGCUGGUACAUGAAUAUUGCUUUCUUUGCUUUCAUAGAGCACACCUGUGCUGGAAGCCUUUAUUUCCAUGGGGGCAACUGGUAGGGGUGACACAAAGUCUGUUUUGGAGUCAGGCGCUUACUUUUCUUCAGUGGCAAUGCAGGGAGUCUGAUAUUAAGAGUCGAAAUGGAGACUGCAGACCCUUCUCAUCCGUAGCUUUUGCUAGCUCCUGAGGGCAAUAAUGAGAUGACUGAUGAUUUGUGAUUCCACACUUUCCCUGAGAAGCGAAAUGUAUUAACAACACUGGUUUUUAUACAGCAAUAAAAGUCACGGGUCUGUCGUUACCUUGAGACCAAGGGGAGAGCAUCUGUCUGUACUUCUUUUAAGGAGCAAACCUGUGUGGGCUAUGUUUCAUUUUACUUACGGCUCUCAUCCGUAAAGGUUUUCAGGCAUUACCCCUCUAUUGCUUUAAUACUCCUCUUUACAAUAACAAGGAUCAUCUCUUCUGGUUCUCCUGGCACUCAAGGCGCCUGUGCUUUAAUACAAUGUGGAGAGGUAUGUACCUGGCUGGAGGCACUCUGUUUUAAGGCUGUAAAUAGAAACCUUUUCAUAAUGCUGUUCAGCAUGCCAUCUUGCUGCCUGUGAAUAUUUUAGCUGUGAACUGCAGAAAAUAGGUUUGCAGGGUGUGGAAAAAAGGAUGGGGGCGUGGAGUACAUGCUGGGAGUUUCCCAGCAACUGACAUAUGAAUUUGUUCUGGUUGCCAGCAGUUUAGAAUCACUUCUCUCAAAGUUUGCCACUAUUAGAAUUUUGCUGGGACAACAGGGCUGCAUUAUGGUAGCUGUAGGUUUUUACUCGUAUUUUUCUACUGUUUCGUUCUUGCUGCUGGCAGUCCCUAUUAGCCAUUGCUUGGUAUUGAAAUGCAAAGAACAUCACUAUCUUUUCCGUGAAAAAUGCUGUAAGGACUGUGCCCCUGGUGAAAGAAUGAGAAGCCGCUGCACAACAACAACAGACACAGUCUGCGCUCCCUGUCAAGACGAAUACUUUAAUAGUGAGCACAACCACAGCUUCUGCAAGAGUUGUACGAUCUGUGACACUACAAAGGGGAGCAAGGAAGUGAAGAAGUGUGAGAAGACCUCUGACAGAAUUUGCAUGUGUGAUGCAGGUUACAUGCCAGAUGACAGCCAUCCACUGCGAAGCGCAUGCUUACCAUGUCCUGAAGGGUCUUAUUCCACAGGGAGAAAUGAAAACUGCAAACCUUGGACCAACUGCAGCGUUCUUGGGAAAAGCACUCUUCGACCAGGGACAAAAACAGCUGAUGCUGUUUGCAGCAACCAUGUCACACAGCCAGCUACCUCGCAGAGUGCAACACCUGCUUUGAAUCUUUCCAAUGCUGACCACAAGAAUAAGAUGUCGACUGCAACGUUCUCACCGUCCAGAUCUAGUGUGAUUCCUUUCAUUUGCACGGAUACAAACAGCCCCACAGAGACUAACUGGGGGUCUUUAUCACUUAUCCUUGUUUGUCUGAUAUUGCUCAUGGUGAGUGGAAUGUCCAUCCUUCUGUUGAUUAUCCAAGCAGCCAAAAAAGAGACCAAGAGGAGGAAAAACCGUCAAGGAGGAGGGAGCUGUCGAUACCCUGUCCAGGAAGAACAAAUUCACUCCAAUUCUAGUCUCAUCAAAAACUGACUCCGCAUUACGCUUCUGUUUCUUGCAUUUCUGAGCCGAUCAAUUGUAACAAGUAAUGUGACGGAGCAUUCUGUGGCUGUAUGCGUGGAUGUGUGUAACUGUUUAAUUGCACUUCGGUUCCUUUGGUCUCGUUGAGUGGCCCCUUUGGCAUUAGGACCCAUGGGAGUAGCUGUUCUUGCUGAAAUCAUGUGAUUCUUUCUCUUUGGCAGAUCCUGUGCACAGCAUCCCUGUUGCCAGACUGAGUUGAUAAUAGUCUGCUCUGCAUUUCUAGCCAAUUCUGUAUGUAGUGAUGGGCAGUUGUCUUUGGACUGAAGAAAGUGUUUGUGAAGCUGUAAGAGCUGAUCAUUGAGCAGACGGAAAAAAAGGGAAAUCAAAAGACUUGCUUUAUGGCUGAGUUUGUCUUGUCAUACAAUUCUGAGAUGCUGAGCAGAGCAUGUCUCUCUUUUCUCAGUGCAGGUAUCUCCAGCGUUUCAGUCUACUUACCAAAUGAGCUCUCCUCGCGUUAGGUGGAGAAUCUCCCCCGAUGAACCUAGCCAGUGUCCCUUGUGCUUCUGUUUUUUUCAAGUUAUUUCUUCUUGGUCAAGUAGAGUGGCAUAUGUCAGCUGUGCCUCCAGAGGCAGCUGUCACUGCUGGUAACUCUCGUGCUGGCCGUGUGCCAGAAUAGCACCAGAGUUCUGGUGCUAGUUGUUAAGUGACUGGUAAGAGAUGGCUGUUCAAUGCCACUUGUCUCUGUUAUGCAUUUCUUCAAACAUACCCAUUGAGAAAUUGUCAUGUUAACAUAGUGAACAGUGUAUCCAUUAUCCGGCUAAAAAAUGGAAUUACUAAUGAUCACCAGGUAGCUCCAGAUGUCCAAGUGUUUGGAAAUCUCCACGGAGGUCUUCAUGUGUGUGGAAAGUAGAAUAUGUGGAUUGCCAGAAGGCAAAGGGGGUGGUAAUUUCUGAUUAGAACAUUAUUAGUGGAAACUGUAGUUCAAAGUAUAGGGGGAAAGGUAGAGUGACAGUUGUCUGUACUGUAAACUUCAGUAGUUGCCAUGUAUAACUCAUGUUUUAUCUAUAAGCCCUGUGCAACCAACAUGCUGUGUGCUUCCUCUUGGUGGACAUCCUGUUGUGUCUGUCAUCAGCAAGGCUGCUUCAGUCAAGCUUGGACAUUUCCACAGUAAAAUUGUUUAGCUAAAACCACUUUUGUGAGACUUGAUUGCUUGGGACGUAGGGAGAAACACAGAAGCAAGUUUGGUUCCAGACCGUGCUCUGGAUUUGGGGAAAGUCUGUUUAUGUCUUAGGUUUAGGAGCAUGUACAUGGACAUGCAGAGUUUUUCUGCUGCUGAAUGACAAUUUUGUGAUGGUUUAGAAAGGAGUAACGCCUUAGAUGUUCUCUGUUGAUAAGAGGCAAGAGCUGACCUCUGAACACAGUGCUGACUCUCUGGGCCUUCAAGGGUUGCGUUUUAGCAAAGGCGUGUAAAGAUGGUGUAACGGUGGAUAGAUGCCUAAACUGUACUCUGACCAUUCAUCGGGAUGAUCACCUUGUGCAUGCUGUCAGUGGAAUCUUCAUUCAAGAAGUGUUCUUGAUUUGGUCUCUGUGCAGUUAAAAAUGCCUGGUUGUUUGCCUUUACACUGUAUGAAACGAAUUUUACUUCUGUAACGUUUUACCGCAAGUUAAUCAGUCUGUAGUUUUGGAAAGCGUUCACAUUUUAGAUGGCAAGUGCAACAUCUGAAGUGUCUGAGAGAAGCCUGAAGUGUUACUGUCAAUAGCUUUUGCUGUAAUUGAAAUGCCUCCGUGUAAAAAUUCAAGAAGUAAUAAAACUUGGGAGUUGUAUAAUUGAGAAGUGUUUUUCACUUCAAAUGUAACUCCUUAGUAGAUUAUUCAUUAGAGGUAGGUAUUUUAUAAGCACAGUACCAAAGCAUAUGCCCAAAUAUGCAACAGGAAAUGUAUUCAAGAAUACAACUGGUGUCUAGAAACACGUUUUUAAACAUAUGUUUUCUUAUAUGUUAUACAUAUGGUGUACUUAGCAGUGAUUUCCUAUUUUGAAGCGUAUAUACAAUGUAUAUAAGUAUUUGUAUUAUAUACGAAGUGUGAUAGUGACUUUUUGAAAUAAAUUGUGGUAGCAGCUAGAUGUGCUUGUAUGAUGUGUAUGAUUGGAGAGUACAAAUGAGCAAAAAGUUAUUCCGGUGCGUAUAAUUCUCACAGAAAGCAGGAUCACCAAAUGGUCAAUCCUGUGGCUUAACUGGCUUUGAGUUCACAUGCUGCCUUGCUCCUUGGCUUUCUGUGCGACUUGAGAAAGUCGCGUGUAGUGUUUUAUCUCUGUGAAUCUGGCCUGACAGCAUUUCUGACCUGAGAGUUGCUGGGACGCUCAAGAUCAUAAAAUCCUAGAAUUGUUAGGGUUGUAAGGGACCUUAAAGAUCAUCUAGUUGCAACCCCCCUGCCAUGGUUGAUGCCAAGAUGAUGAGGCUCAGCCCCUUCAAAAUCGUAGAGCCCCUGUUGUGAACGUAGAGGUCUUUGGAAGUGUGCUGUGGCCUAAAUGCUGUUAUCUUGCGGUGAACUGGAUGGCAAAAUGAUGAAUCUGAGAAAUGCAUUCCAGGGAAACCCCAACAGAUUCUCGGAAACUUAUCAAGUUUGUAGGCUCCACUUCCGAGGCAAUAAAGCAAGUACCAUGUUUCCAUGUAACUGAGCAAGGCAGAGAUAACUAGCGAGCUAUUGUAGGUUGUGGGUUAUACGGUGAAAACAGCCCACAGGAGCAGAUGAGCUGUUGGCUUGACAGAAGUGCUGCUGUGGCAGCAGAGCUCCUCUGUGGUGUGGGCUCAUCAGCUGUUUCCGCGAAUCUUACUUGUUUUCUGCCCUCUGGCUCAGCCGCACAGGAAGAUGCCCGAGUGCACUCACUGUGUUCUCAUGCCUUCCUACAGCCUCCCCAUCAGGAGAUGUCCUGCGAACUAGGGCAUGGGUUCCCUCUGCCUGAAGAAUGAACCGACGCUGGCUGUGGAAGGGCACAGCAGGGUAGUGGAGAACAAGUUGCAUUUGCUCAUCGUUUGGAAGACAAGAACAGCCACUUCGGUGUGCUGUGUGGCUGAAGGUCUGUAAUAGCAAGCGCUCCCAGACUGCGAUUGCUGGGUUUUGUGCUAAUCCAUACCGGUGAGCCUGUCUGUGCCGGCUGCCCUGCUGGAGGACUGUAUCCAGUUGCUGUGCCAAGACGUAUAAUCCUAUCAGAAGAGUUAAACCAUAAUAACAUCUGAUAGGACUGGAGGCAUUUAAGAUUUGAUUUUUUUUUUUGAGGAUUUCUGUGUUGGUAGACUGCCAGUUUAAAUAAACUGA